AGAGCCGCGCGAAGCUGUUCAAAAUCGGUAAAACCGCUCAUAUUCUUUCGAGAUUAAUUGAUAUAUGAGCGAUAGACAUUAUUUUCGAGUACAUAGAAAAUGUACAAGUACAGAAAGAAAGGAGAGAAGUCUUCCGCUUCUAUAAAAAAUACAAAAAUUGUUGCUGAUUUUUCGAGUCUGCGGAAACCUGUGGACACAAGUGCAUCUGAUUUGUAUCAAGUUUGCAAGCUACUUGAGAAAGGAACGGAUGAGGUUAAAUCUAUAUUGUCUUACGAAAGUAACAUCAUAUAUGAAUGCCGCAAAUGCCUCAGUUUAUUUAGAAGUAUUAUUAACUUAAUAUCUCACAAAAGAUUUUACUGCACAGAAAAAUUUAAUGUUACACAAAAAGUGGCAAACAAACACAAUUUGAAUUCUUUCAAAAGAACAACUAUUCACAUGAGUGAGACAGGACAGACCAAGAUUGAGGAAAUUGAGGAAAAUGGCAGGUUACUGAGAAGCCAAGUGUCCAAGGAAGUGGAAAAACGAACGGAUUUGAGUUCAAUAAUAGAGAGACUUAACAAGAAAAUUCAGGAAACGCAGUGUAAUUCUUCAAGUGAACUAACUCAAGAACAUUCUCAUUUAUCAUCUGAAGAUAGAAGCAAUGAAAAUAAAAUUUAUUUAAAACCUAUAAGUACAACUUCUUUAGCUGUAUAUCAAACAAUUAAGCCAGAAGAUGAGACCAUAGAUUUACUGAAUGAAGAGACAGCAGCAAAGGUAGAACAUUUCAGAAAUCAACAGGUUGAUGCUAUUUCCCAGGAGCAAAUAUUCGAUAAUCAAGUAGAGAAAAGUGAUAAUCCUAUUCAAGCAGACAUGAGUGAUGAGGAAAAUAAAUUAUUAGCAUAUAGACUGUCCUCAGUUAAUACCUUAGCUUGCAGUAUAUGUAAUGCAAAAUUUUCAUCAAAAAAGACAUUGACAUUUCAUAUGAAAUCACUACACGCGUCCAAGCGAAAGUGUUAUUCUUGUCCUUUCUGCAGAAGUACAUUUACAAAUAUAUGGAGUGUCUAUCGCCACUUAAGCAAGGUUCACAAAAAAACCAACAAACAAGUGCGCAACCUGAAGCCACAAAUUCAAUUGGCAGUGUUCCACAAGAAUACAAAUGCAGAAAAGCAAUAUCGUGCAGCUAAGAAGAAGAAAACUUGUGAAACUUUGAAAAACAUGAACGAUAAUGAAUCUCAGAAGGACGAUGCGUUGAGCCAUGUGGAGAAAUCAAAUGUAAAACGUACUGGAAAAGCUAGCAGGAAGAAUAUCAAAAAUACGUCUGUUUAUUUGCAAUAUCACAACAAUCACCAUUCUAAGAACAACUCAAAUCUUGCGGAUACGUCACGUAUGCAGGAUGACGACAAGCCAGUCAUCAUUGAAAAAGUGCUUUUUGAGGAGAAGAUGAAUGUAAAAGAUGUUAUAUUAGAAGACAUGAUAGAUGGAUUUCUCGAGACCAGUGACAAAUCGUCAGAUUCAAGUUGUGCCCGCGAAACAAAUUUACCUCAACUGGAUGAAAUUAAAGAAACCAACUCGCUAACGGACGUUAAAGUAGAUUCUGUCGAAAACUUCAACAGUUCGAACAGCGACAAAUCAUCGGAUAUUGAUUUACUUCAACCGGACGAAAAAGAAGAAACCUCACAGAUGGACACCAAAAUGGCUUCGAUCGCGAACUUCAAGAGGCUCAAGUGCCUUAAAUGCAAUCGAAAACUCACAUCCUUAGCAAAUCUUCGCAGACACAUAGCAAUUCACCUUGAUUGGUUUCGUUAUCGUUGCAAGCUGUGUCACUUUCAGUCUUUUGCAAGAUGCGAUUGCAAAACGCAUUUUGCCAAACAUCAUCGCACCGUAGAAAAUAAUAACGCAAAUCCGGAAGUAAUGAUAGAAAAAAUACCGUGGAACGAGUACGUUUCCAGCGACGACGCAAUCACGAAUUUGAUGAACGAGAGAGAAAGACUGAACAACACCGGCGGCGUUGCAAACGCGUCGAGUGAGGAAGAAAAAACGGACGAGUCUGUUGUCACAGAUGUAUCCUCUAGUAACUCGGAAAUACGCACAGACUCGAACAAUUCGAGUGACUCGAACGCGCCUAACGCUUCCCACGAAUCAACAAGCGAAGAAAUUACAGAUUCUCACUGUAAUGACAGUGAUGACGAUAAAAAAUUUACAACGGCGUACACAACGGCGAUGAUAGAAAAUUUGAAGGAAUAUAUGAUGAGUCACGAUCCCGGGAAGUCGAACAAAAAUUUAGAUCAUUCCGAUCUCAAGCAAAUGGUGAUGGAAAUGAUAGUUGGGUCCGACGACUCGGAUCCAACGUCGGUCAAAAAGUCUGAUUCAGAAAAAUUAGCGUCGCAAGCUAAUAACGAUAUGUUCAAACAUAGGAUAAGCGCAAAAGAUACAAACAAUGUGUCCGCGAACAAAAGCAAGGAAGCAAAUUUGCGAUCGGAUCUACGUUUCAAACAUCAACGUCCAAUGCGGAAUCGAGUUAGACCUUUGAGCGACGAUUUUAUAUACGACUUGAAGGAAAUUCAAGUUAAGAGAGAAUGUGCCUUUCCCAACGAUUCCGAACCGAGUGCGCGAAAAAAAGCCAAAUGGCACAAAUUACAAAUCUAAUUAGAGGUAUCUAUUUAGAUUUGAAUAUUAUUUUCUUCUCAUACAAUUUCAUAAUGUACCAUAAUUUUGUAAUCUUUGUACAGAUGAUGUGUGUACAGCAAACAUGUGUGAAAGAUACGCGAUAUGAUGAAUAAA